AUGGCGUGGUCCUGGAACCCAUUCGCUUUCGCUCGUUGGCCUGUCACAAUCCUCACCAGUCUCGUCUACAUCGCCAUCCUCAUUAGCCUUCUCGUCAUACAUACCGGUGUCCCUUCUCCUCCCAAAUCAGAGACUCCUAUCCAUGGAAUCAACCUCACCGAAGCAUGGCUCGAUCUCCAGUUGCUCACCUCCUCCCGUCACCCCUACAACAGUCGCCGGAACGACGAAGUCCAUGCUUGGCUGCUUGAGCGGAUUCAGUCUAUCCUGAAAGAAAAUGCUGCCAGUACCUCAUCCUCCACGGAAACAACUCCUGCAGCAUACGUCUUUGACGAUACCGUCUCCAAUUCGACGUUCUCCUCGGGUGGAAUAUCCCCUUCUUUUGGUACCAGCGUCUAUUUCGAGGGAACCAACCUGAUAGUCUACAUUCCGGGUAGUGAAGAUGAUACAACGAGUUGGUGGCUGGAUUCCAAUAGGAAACCAUCCAAACGAAAUGCGGUCUUGGUCAACGCCCAUUAUGACAGUGUCUCUACGGGCUUCGGCUCGACCGAUGACGGCGUCGGCGUGGUCUCGGUCUUGCAACUGGUGAAAUACUUCAGCACGCCGGGAAACAAACCACAGAAUGGCGUUGUUCUCCUCUUGAAUAAUGGUGAAGAAGAUUUCUUGAAUGGAGCUAAUGUGUUCGGCCAACAUCCCAUGUCCAAAGUUGUGAGCACGUUUCUGAACCUGGAAGGUGCCGGCGCCGGCGGCCGGGCUGCCCUGUUCAGAAGCACAGACGAGGCUGUAACGAAGGCUUAUGCGCACUCGAAGUACCCUUUUGGGUCAUCGGCCUCUGCCGAUGGCUUUAACCGAGGCCUGGUUCGCAGUCAGACAGAUUACGUUGUAUUCAACGGCAAACUGGGCUAUCGUGGACUGGACGUUGCUUUUAUCGGGCCCCGGGCACGCUACCAUACUGAUCAGGAUGACUCGAGACAUACCCACAAGAGCUCGCUAUGGCACAUGCUUUCGGCUGCCGUUUCUACGUCUCAGGCUUUGACUUCCGCCUCAUUGAACACAAACCUAGAGCCAGGGAAGACGCCCGGCAGUUCUGCUCUAUGGUUCGAUGUGUUUGGUCGGACGUUUGCGGUCGUAAAAGCACAUACUUUCUUCGCCCUAUGUGUCACUCUGCUUGUUAUCGGGCCCAUCAUCUUGCUCGUCACACUGGCAUUGCUUUACCGCGUCGACAAAUUCUAUCUGUGGUCGGGGUCGCGGCCAUACCAUAUGCUCGACAGCGAUGAAGAGAUACGGCUCUAUGGCUGGCGCGGAUUCUUUCGCUUCCCGCUGAUCUUCCUUAUGGCUUGCGCCGCCCCUAUCGCUCUUGCAUUCCUCCAAGUGAAAGAAAACCAACAUAUUGCCCAUAGUAGUCAGUGGGCUGUGUGGAGCAUGAUGAUUUCUUCAUUCGUCUUCGUGGCGUGGUUCUUCUGCCGCGCCGCAGACUUCAGUCGACCCUCGUCGCUCACGCGUGCGUACGGUUUCUCCUGGAUGUGGGCUGCUUGGUGGAUCCUCCUGGUUGUCGCCACCGUGUUUGAAGAGCAUUUCCAUAUGGUUGGCACGUAUUUCGUUCUCGUUUACGCAGCCACAGUAUGGUUCGCCACCUUACUGUCAUACCUCGAACUCUUUUCCCUCCCGAAGAAGUCAACGUACUGCCGUGGAAAGUUUGGAGAGGACCAAGCGGCAUCUCGGUCGCGGAGCAACUCGAGGCCUCCGCAGGCUUCUUCUGCUUCGGGCCAGGAGGAUAUUGUUGAAGAAAACGAAAAUGAUGAAGACGAGCCGACAGAGAGGUCCAGUCUGUUGCGAAGCCGAGGACGCUCAAAUUUCAAAGGGUAUCAUCCAGGAUCUGAGGAGCAGAGCCCUGCACCGACGGCCAAGGACGAGAAAUUCGACAUUUUCGAAGAACAGGAAUGGAGCAAGUCGCAAUGGAGCUGGCUGUGGGUGAUACAGCUGAUCGUCAUUGUGCCCAUCAACUUCAUCCUCGUCGGCCAGCUGGCGCUCUUGAUGACCGAGGCUCUCCAUCAGACAGGCCAAGAUGGAAGCUCCACGUUCUUGGUAUACAUCACCAUUGCCGUUUGUACGAUACUUCUGUUUAGUCCUGUGGUCCCGAUCUUGCACCGUUUCACUUGGCACGUGCCGAUGUUCCUCUUCCUGGUCUUGAUCGGCACUCUGAUCUACAACAUGACGGCUUUCCCUUUCUCGUCAGACAAUCGUCUGAAGCUCUUCUUCCAGCAGCAGGUCGACCUGGACGCUGGGAACAAUUCCGUGUCGCUGCAAGGGGUCCCACCAUAUGUACGGCGCGCCAUUGCCAGUCUACCUAGUUCCAGUGGGCAGGAGCUGGCUUGCAUAAGAACUGGACCGGCAGACAACCUCGAGAGAUGUUCUUGGUCCGGCAUUCCUCCGAAUGUCGGCAAUGCAGCGUCAAGAACCCCGCCUGAGAAACAAUACAAAGGCUGGCUGAACUUCAACGUGACCAGAGUCAACGUUAGUGAUAGCGACAACAAAGCACGCUUCGUCCUCUACGGCAAAAACACAAGAUCGUGCAAGCUCACCUUUGACUCACCCAUCACUGCGUUCCACGUCACGGGCCAGGCACCGCGAGACAAACGCUUUACUCCGGUUCCCGAGGGUGGAAGCCGGGAGAUCCGGCUUUGGUCGAGGACUUGGGACCGAGCCUGGACGGUCGACGUCUCCUGGGACAGUCCCGAUAGCGAUGAGAUUGGGAAAAGCGAUGAUUCGACCGGCUCUUUGCGCGGCAAGGUCGUGUGUCUUUGGAGCGAUGUGAAUCAGGUCGGAGUGAUUCCUGCCUUUGACGAAGCGUUGCACUACGUGCCUGACUGGGUGGCGAUCACCAAGGCUGGAGAUGGGUUGGUCGAGGGAUACAAAAACUUCCAGAUUUGA